AUGGUCAAUAUUGAAAUUGUAUUACCAAAAUCAAAAUCUCCUGCUCUAGAACCAGUUGCUCCAAAACAAAAACCACAACCAACUGUUGAUUUAAAUCAUUCUCCAAAACAACUUCUUUCUGUUGACAAAAUGAAUUUACCUGAAUUACCUCAAAGCAAUGUCAAAAUAGAAAAUGUUAAUGAUGUAUUAAGAAGAAGUCUUACUACACAAGGAAUUGCAAAUAUUACUCCAUUGCUCACUCCGAUUGAUAAUUCUCCAAGACUUAAUCCACCUUCAAGUGCAUUAGUUGGAAUUGGCACAAGUCCAUUAUUGACGCCAAGAGUUAUGGUUCAGAAUUCAAAUGCAAUAAAAAAUCCACCUCAAAGUGCAAUGAUUGGAAGAAAAGUUCAAGUUGUGAUGAACAAACAAAACGAGUCUUUAAGAAAUAAGAAUAAAGAGUCAAAAUCACCUUCAUCAAGUUUAAGUGAUUCAAUUGAAGAGGAGAAAGAACAUUAA